AUGCUCCUGGUCUCGGCCAGAGGGACACUAUACUUCGCCAUCAAUCGCCUGGACCUACGCACCUUCCAACCUCCUAACCCGGAGCUCGAUUUCGCCUCUCUCGUCGCUCAGCAGGUUGUAUGGGCCAUUCGUCGUCCGCACAUCGUCCAGCCCAACGUCUCCAUGACUCCGACUCCCUACUUGACGGUCAUCAACGCGAAGGGACUCUACGACUUGGGCGUGUUGUUCGCUGUUCAGGUCGAGAAGGCAACGACGCUGAAGGAAUCGUGGCACCACAAUCCGCUACGCUUUGGGACGACGAAGCAUCAGACUGCGGUGGAGCAGCAGCGCUUUGCUGAGCAGGAGGAUGAUGACGACGAGGACGAGCAGGACGAGGACGAGUGA